AUGUUGUCACAGCUGGAUAGCCCCCAGGGGACCCAGGCUAGCCAACACGGGUCCAGCAUGUGCACAGGACAGGGCUCCCUGGGAAGUGUGUUGCUCCCCCAGCACCCCCAGAUCCUUCCUUGGAGACUAAGCAGUGCCCUGAAGGAUUCUAGUUGCAGUCUGACCUCAACUGACUGGCCAUUUCUUUGUUCUGAGUUUUUCUCAUUGCCAUGUCAGAGUGAAGGGGCCACAAGUGUGUGCCUGAGACUCGCUGCUCAAGCAGCACACGCUGGGACUGUUGUUGACUUAUUCAUGCUUUAUCUUUAUGUUUAUUUCUCUUCUAAAUACAUAUAUGCAAAAUGUGUCAUUUGUUAG